GGAGCUGCUGGCCUACGUGCCCUUCCGUCUGAACAGGGCAGUGCUCUGGCGCUCCGACGUUCUGCACAGCCCGGCCUUGGGCGCCAGCAGCCACGCACGGCUCAGCACCGAUCCGGCGACAUCGCGGACGCUCCUGCAGGCUGGCGCGGGCCGUAG